UAUUUGCCCACAGCUACAUUUUGUCCAGAAACUCUGUCCUGAAAGGCAACUAAAGAAAACAUUCAUCAAGCAGUGGGCAAGGAAGGCCGGCAGCAAAGAACAAGGGUGGUCCCUCCUGUGCCAGAGGAUGGAGGUACACAAUUUUUCAGCCCACUUAAAUUUCUCUCUGCCGCCUGGCUUUGGCCACCGCCCCACAGACAUGGCGCUGAGUGUUAUCCUGGUACUCAUGCUGCUAUUCGUCAUGUUCUCACUCGGCUGCACCAUGGAGUUCAGCAAGAUCAAGGCUCACUUCUGGAAGCCCAAAGGGGUGGUCAUUGCCAUGUUGUCCCAGUAUGGCAUCAUGCCCCUCACUGCCUUUGUCCUGAGCAAGGUCUUCCGCCUGAAACCAAUUGAGGCACUGGCCAUCCUCAUCUGUGGCUGCUCUCCUGGGGGGAACCUGUCCAACCUCUUCACCCUGGCCAUGAAGGGGGACAUGAACCUCAGCAUUGUGAUGACCACCUGCUCCACCUUUGCUGCCUUGGGCAUGAUGCCUCUCCUCUUAUACAUCUACACAAAAGGGAUCUAUGAUGGAGAUCUUAAGGACAAGGUGCCCUAUGGAGGCAUUAUGAUAUCACUGGUCAUGGUUCUCAUUCCUUGUAGCAUAGGGAUCUUCCUCAAGACCAAAAAGCCACAGUAUGUUCCCUACAUCAUCAAGGGAGGGAUGGCCAUCACUUUCUGCCUCAGUGUGGCUGUCACAGUCCUGUCUGUCAUCAACGUGGGCAACAGCAUCACGUAUGCCAUGACACCACCAUUACUGGCCACCUCCUCCCUGAUGCCUUUCUCUGGCUUCCUGCUGGGCUACGUUCUCUCUGCUCUCUUCCAGCUCAGUCCAAGGUGCAGACGCACUAUCAGCAUGGAAACAGGAUUCCAAAAUGUCCAACUCUGUUCUACCAUUCUCAAUGUGACCUUCCCCCCUGAAGUCAUUGGACCACUUUUCUUCUUUCCUCUUCUCUAUCUGAUUUUCCAACUGGCAGAAGCAUUGCUCUUCAUUGUUUCCUUCCGGUGCUAUGAGAAAAUCAAGCCUUCCAAGGAGAAAAAAACCAAAGUGAUCUACAAGGCAGCUGCAACUGAAGAUGCUACUCCAGGGACUCUGGAAAAAAAAGGCACCCACAAUGGGAAUAUUCCUUCUAUACAACAUAGCCCUCCCAAUGGCCUGGAUUCUGGUCAGGUGGCAAUUUAGAAUGCCUAUGUGAAAAACUAGAAAGAAAUGAACACCAAGCUUUCCUGAAUGUUUCUAUAGCACUUCCAGCAAACUCACAGAAUUAUCAAGCCAAAGCCUGAGCUAGAAGGGCAAUCUACCCAGGAACCCUCAUCUAUCCCCAACAUGGAAUUUGCUAUUUGUUCAAAAUAAA